GGCGCUGACGUAGACGCAGCUUCCGAAGGGGGGAGUACUUCGAAGGUGACUGUAGUGAUAUUCAGCAAUGAGGUGGAUGUGAUUGUGACGUUGGGAGGACUUGCUGGGCGUUUUGACCAGAUCAUGGCGUCGGUGAGCACCUUGUUCCAAGCAGCUCGCAUCACUCCUCUGCCAAUUGUAAUCCUCCAAGAGGAAUCACUCAUCUACCUGCUCCAACCAGGAAAGCACAAGUUGCAGGUGGACACGGGAAUGGAAGGGGAUUGGUGCGGCCUUAUUCCUGUUGGACAGCCUUGCAACCGGGUGACGACAACGGGCCUGAAGUGGAAUCUCACCAAUAACAUGCUCGGUUUUGGAACACUGGUCAGUACUUCCAACGCCUACGAUGGAUCUGGUGUUGUCACCGUGGAGACGGACCACCCGCUUCUCUGGACCAUGGCCAUCAAGCCCUAACCCCGGAGUGCCAGUCCCAGCCGUGCCUCUAACUUACCUCCUCGGCCACCGACUCACUGCUCGACCAGAACAGCUCGCCUGCUUGGCAGGAAUCUAGCCUCUCCAUGCAAGCGCGCUGGUUUUAAAGCUGUAAAUGCUCAGAUCAUCCAGGGGACAUAAACGNCGAAUCU